UCACAUCUCCUCUAAAUAACGGAAUACUCUCCAGAACACACAGGAAAUUACUCGCAUCAUUUUUAAAAACAAUCUUUAUAGUCGCUCUUAUGUAGCCCGAUCCGCAUUCGCACCCGCGGCACAAUUUUUUAUUUUUUUCCCCCUGAUUUUUUGGUGGUACCGGAUUGGUUUUUUAUUUCUUGCCUGUUGUUGGAACAUGGAUGUGUGCUUGUGCUUUGUGUUCGCGCUGAGGAUUCUCCUGCUCUCCGGUCUGCUCCACGGCUGUGCGGGCUCGGGGCUCGACUGCCCGCCGGCCUGCACCUGUUCAUCCACCGACAUCCACUGCAAUAAAUCGGACGGGGCCAAUUUCUUCCCUCUGCUCGCCCUGCAGGACAGCGGCAACGGCAGCAGCGGCGGAGGGGACAUCGAGGACCUGUUCAGGAACAUCACCACCAUACAUGUAGACAACUGGGCGGGGCUGCAGAUCCUGAAGGACGUGGACAUGGAGCUGUACACCGGACUAGAGCGUCUGACGAUCACAAACUGCAAUCUACGAACGAUUCAGGCUCGAGCAUUCGCACAGAAUCCACAUCUCCGCUACAUAAAUCUGUCCAAGAACCCACUCACCACGCUCUCCUGGCAGCUCUUCAAAAACCUUCAGCUGGUCGAACUGAGGCUGGAGGGGAUCGUGUUUAACUGUGGCUGUGAGAUUCGCUGGAUCCAGCUGUGGCAGCAGAAAGGACGGGCGGGUCUACAAACCCAGCAGCUGUACUGUAAGAACGGCGCCUACAAGAUCCGUCUGCGCGCCAUGAGCAUCGCCCACUGCGACCUUCCUGAUAUCAGCGUAACUCACAGUAACUUGACGGUGAUGGAAGGAGACAACAUCACAGUGAGCUGCAACGGUUCAGGUUCUCCUUUACCCGAUGUGGACUGGACCGUGAAGGGACUGCACUCCAUCAACACACACCAGUCAAACGUGUACUGGCCGAACAUCCACUCCAUCAACCUAACGCUCGUCAACGUGAGCCGGGAGGACAACGGCUUCGUCCUGACCUGCAUCUCCGCCAACGUGGUGGGCAUGACCAACACCUCCCUGCAGCUGGCGGUGCACUUUCCUCCGGAGAUCCUGCAUCUGGAGGAGCCGGUCCGUCGUUACCACACCUGUAUCAUGUUCACCGUGCGCGGCUUCCCUCAUCCCACGCUGCACUGGUACCACAAAGGCCGCGAGAUCCAGAGCGCGUACAUCCACGCCGAGAUGGAAAUCUACCAGGAUUACCUGGAGGGUUGCCUGAACUUCGAGAAUCCCACGCAUUACGAUAACGGAAACUACACCCUGGUGGCUACCAACCCGCUGGGCUCCGUCAGCAAAACCAUCCUCGCUCAUUUUCUGGAGGCUCCGCCGUUUAUAGACGAGGACGGAAUCCCGGAGUAUGGAGAGCCGACAUCCGGGAGCGAAGCGAACAGGCCGGACGAGGACUCGUUCGGGAUGUCUAUCGCCGUGGGCCUGGCCGCAUUCGGCUGCGUCUUCCUCAUCGUCAUGUUCGUUCUCAUCAACAAGUACGGCAGACGCAACAAGUUCGGGAUGAAAGGUCCUGUAGCGGUGAUCAGUGGGGAGGAAGACUCCGCGAGUCCUCUUCAUCACGUCAACCACGGCAUCAUCACGCCCUGCACACUGGACGCCGCUCCAGACGCCGUGGUCAUCGGGAUGAGCCGCAUUCCCGUCCUGGAGAAUCCGCAGUAUUUCCGGCACGGACACAACUGUAACAAACCCACCACUCACGUUCAGCACGUGAAGCGGAGGGAUAUCGUCCUGAAGCGGGAGCUGGGUGAGGGAGCGUUCGGUAAAGUCUUCCUGGCUGAGUGCUACAACCUGAGCCCGUCCAAGGACAAAAUGCUGGUCGCCGUCAAGACCCUGAAAGACCCGACCCUGGCGGCCAGAAAGGACUUCCAGCGAGAAGCCGAGCUGCUCACCAACCUGCAGCACGAUCACAUCGUGAAGUUUUACGGCGUGUGUGUGGACGGCGACCCGCUCAUCAUGGUGUUCGAGUUUAUGAAGCACGGAGAUCUCAAUAAGUUUCUGAGGGCUCACGGUCCGGACGCCACCAUCCUGGUGGACGGGCAUCCCAUGCAGAAUAACGGGGAGCUGGGUCUGUCUCAGAUGCUGCACGUCUCCACACAGAUAGCGGCAGGGAUGGUUUACCUGUCGUCACAGCACUUUGUACACCGCGACCUGGCUACUCGCAACUGCCUGGUGGGUAACGGCCUGCUGGUGAAGAUCGGAGAUUUCGGCAUGUCCAGAGACAUCUACAGCAUGGACUACUACAGGGUGGGCGGCCACACCAUGCUGCCCAUUCGCUGGAUGCCACCGGAGAGCAUCAUGUACAGGAAGUUCAGCACGGAGAGCGACGUGUGGAGCUUCGGCGUCAUCAUGUGGGAGAUCUUCACCUACGGCAAGCAGCCGUGGUUUCAGCUCUCCAAUAAUGAGGUGAUCGACUGUAUUACACAAGGUCGUGUUCUGGACCGGCCUCGUCUCUGUCCUAAGGAAGUGUACGACCUGAUGCUGGGCUGCUGGCAGAGAGAACCACAGCAGCGACUCAACAUCAAAGACAUUCAGAAAGUCCUGUACGCUCUGGGCAAAGCCGCGCCCGUCUAUCUGGACAUCCUGGGCUAACGCCGGUGCGAUUCCUUCUGGCCCACGGCCGACACAAUCCAGGAGAAACCAAACGGCCCCUAACCUUACUGCGCCACUGUAAAAUCACCUACACGGGUGUCGGGGAUGGACUUAAGUGCCUGCAACACCGUUUUUUUCAAUACACUGGAAUAAAAAGUACAAAAUAUUUAAAGAAAAAAACUUUUACAUUUUCUUUACUCGUAUGGUAUAUAGUGUACAGAAUUCUAUAAAGCUAAACGUUUCCUAAAAACUGCUCAAUAAAUACAACAAAGUUGUGUAAACUAAGUGUUGCCAUUGAUACGGCAGCCACGUACCUAAUGAACAAAGCUCUCCAGUGUUUCAUUUUAUAAACGUAUAUAUAUAUACAUAUAUAUAUACAUAUAUAAAUCUAUUUUUAUUUAUUUAGGUUCAUUUUUUUGAGGGUUUGGGUGUCGUGUUCUGAGACGAUUUUUUUUUUCAGAUUCCUUUGCUUUGGUACAAAGCCUUACUGAUUUGGGUUUAGCAUCUUUAGCUUUGAUUUUGUUUUAUAUUCCGUGGCAAUGAUUCGGCGGUGACGAGCGGUUGAGUGGGGAAAUUCUUUAGGAUACUAAAAUAUAGGUCUAUUUUAAUUGUAUGUGACUGUACAUACUGUAAAUUUAUAUACGUGUCGACCUUAUUUAUUUUCUUUUCCUUUAAUGUUUUCGUUUUGUCCUUUGGUUGGUAGCAUCCACCCUGUGAACUAUGGCGGGGCAUCAGGAUUGUUCGGUGUGAGCACCACUGUGACAUCAGUACGGUACAAUCAUUACUGUACGCCAGCUCCAGUGUGUGGAGGAAAUACUCGGCUCCCUGCAAAUCCUAUCUAACGGAAUACUGCUUUAUUUUCAAACUGGCAAAAAAACCUAACGUGGCAAGGAGGCGACCCACGGCGCCCACUUUGACAGCCGGUUAAAGCAAUGCUUCGCGAAUCUUCAUAGUACGUGCUAUCAGUACAUUGCAUCUGAAUUUAACGAUCACAUGGUGUUGUUGUCUGUAGCCAAGCAAUUCUGUGUUCUUUUGCGAUGGGAGUGUUUGUAGUUAAUCUUACACCAAAAUCUUUCACGUCACCUUUUUUGGCAUCAGUUUCUCUUCAGAGCCUCUUGGCAAUACCAGAAAGAUUUGCUAAAGACAAACUGUAUGUUUAGAUGAUGUAUUAAAUAAAUAUUCAAAUCUG